AUGGCAGUUGGCGACAGCAUUUUGCGCAGUUGUAAGCGUAAGGAAAUAAGGAAAAGAAAAAAACAAUUCAAAAAGAUCCGUCGAACUGCAUAUUAUUUCCAUAAAAGGACUGAAGAUGUCAUGAUUCCGCAGCCAGCAAAUUUUGAAGAAAGUACUGAUCCGACAAAGACGGAUAAGAAAAAGCAUUCUAAAAGGCGUAAAAAGAAAACUAAAAAAGAAGUGUGCAAAGAUGAUCUUAAACAAGACAUUGAUGAGGAUGAUAUUGAGAUUCAUCGUUAUGAACGAUUGCUUGGAUAUAACAAACGCAAAAGCCAAAAUAUACCUCAAGUGUUUCGUGCUGAAGGACUUGAUUAUCUCCUCGAAAUAUGUGACUCAAGUGUGUCGAAACCACAUCUAGCUGAAGAAGAAAUUGGUUUUGAUGUGAAUGAGGGCCACAAACUCGUGAGUGUGGAGAAAGAAGAGCAAAGUAGUGGAAGUAAGAAUAAAAUUGUUGCUUCAAGAAAGAGGAGAAACUCGUCUGCAUUGUCGAUUACUGAUGACAUGGUUAAAAUGGAAAAGUCCAGUGGAAAUGAAAGUAAUGAUGAUAUAAACCAAAAUGUAGAAGAGGAUAUCUAUGGUCGAUUAGUUAAUAAGAAAACAGGGAAUGUUUUGCUUUCAAAAUCAGGUGCUCAGGAGAAACUUCGAGAUUUGGAACUGAAAGCAAAACUUCUAGAAACAGAGGAACAUGUGAAACUAAAAAAAUCAGUGAGGGGCCUUAUAAAUCGUUUAAAUGAACACACUGUAGUUAGUGCGGUGAAAACAUUCUCCGAAAUUUACUCUACUAAAGGACACAAUGAAGUUAAGCGGUUGUUUUUUUCGGAGAUGAUGAAUAGCAUCGUUAUGGGUUAUCGCUUACCAGAUCGACUUAUCACUGAAUAUGCUUUAUUUAUUGCUUUGAUACAUUCAACAGUGUCAGCAGAAGUCUCUUCAUAUUUCGUUGAAAACUAUAUCAUAAAACUUCUGGAAAUUAUUGCUGCGCCACCAGAAGGCAAGACUCUGGAAAAUCUUUGCGUUCAGCUGGCAGAAUUAUAUAAUUUUAAGGUUAUCAAAGUCGUUAUUGUAAUCGAAAUUAUGCAGCGCUUACGUGAAGAAAUCAGCGACAAAUGUUUAGCCUGUUUUAAGACUUUUCUGAGUUAUUGUGGUAAUACUAUGAAAAACAGAGAUUUGAUUGCUCUGCAAAAAUGUAUAGCAGAAACGCAGUCAUUUUUUGCACAGUUGUCUCAAACAUCUUCGAAAACAGAGCAGUUAUGGUACACUGUAGAGGAAAUUAAUACGAUAAAAAACGCAGACAUUCGUAAAUUCACGGAAAUUGUAGAUUUCGCAACACAUGAUCAUUACUUAAGUAUUUUUCGUGGAUUAACAAGAAAUGUGGAUAAGGAGAAGGAGUUACCUAUGAGUGUCGAUGAUAUUGUUAAUAUACCAGUUCGAGGGCGCUGGUGGCUUAUCGGUUCAGCUUGGCUGUCAACCUCAUCCGUUCUACAGAGUAAUAUAGGUGCUGAACUGUCAGAUAAGACAAACGUGAAAUUCGAUGCUUCUUUAUUGCUGCUUGCUAAAAAAGCAAAAAUGAACACAGCCAUUCGGCGCGAUAUUUUUUGUACAAUUAUGUCUUCAAUGGAUGAAAUGGAUGCAUUUGAGAAAUUAUUAAAGCUGUCUCUGAAAGGACAGCAAGAGAGAGAAAUAGUCCAUAUUUGUAUCCAUUGUGCAUUGCGGGAAGCUCAUUAUAAUUCAUUUUAUUCUGCUGUUAUUGAUCGUUUAUGUUCUUAUCAUAAACGUUUUAAGCUCACUUUACAAUAUGCACUAUGGGAUCGAAUCAAAGACUUAUCGUCAUUAAAUGCAUCUCAGCAAAAGAAUUUGACGUUUCUCAUUGUUGAUUUACUGAUGAAACGUGCCAUUGGAAUUACUGUUCUGAAGGUCAUAGAAUUUGGUACGAUUGAUAAAAUAACUACUCAAUUCUUGCGAAACAUUUUGUCAUCGAUAUUAAGUCGGAGUACACACCAAAGCCUCAUGGAUAUGUUCCAAAAUGUGGUGACCUCAUCAAAACUCAAGCUUUUUGUAGAAGGACUUCAAAUUUUCAUUCAUAUGACAUUAAAAAAGCCUUUGGAAAAUGUAGAUAACAAGCGUCUUUUGUCUAAUAUUGACUUUCUUGACAGUAUUUGCAAUACUGAUUUUUUGUAA